AUGAGUAUAUUCAAAUGUCCCGCCACAAUUUCGAUCCAUCGCGUUGGAUCCGCCGCCGUUCUGACCGACUCGCCAUCUAUUGCUGAUCGUUUUGUUUAUCGUACGUCACGGCCUAUAUACCUACCCAUACCACAGCCGGCGUCUACAGUGAUCGCCCCUGUCGGCCGACCUGAUUGCGACUCGUCAGAAAAUCGGUUGCGUUCGGUCGGUGAUCGGUCGGACCGACUCGCGCGUCACUUUAAUGAAAGUGCCGUUUGUCGGACCGUCCACCAACACCCGGUCCGGCGACUUGGGUGGCCCACGGGUCACGGGACGGACGUUGGACCAAAAUCCUCUCCCUUGUAA